AUGAUACAUGAGCAUUUGGCAGCCUUAUCUGUAGGAGGAGGGUGGAGGAAUUUGGUAUGCAAAUUACUUCUCUGUGGAGUCAGUCUGGAGGACAUAAAUAUUGACAGAAUCAUAUCAAACAGUUCUCUCAUAAAUUAUUCCCACCAAAGAAAAAUUGAAUCCUUUUAUGCUCUGGCUUUAAUAGCAGGAAUUCUAGUUGCUUUUUUAUUACAGGUUUUAACUGCAACUUGUAAUUCCUUCAAGGCAGAGACCCCUGAUGUUGACCAGCCAUCAAAGCUCUGCUUAUAUCAUUGCAUAUAUACUCUGAUGGACAUUCUGGCAAAGAACUUAGAAAGUUUGGGUAUCUUUGAGGAGCACAUACUUAUAAGGCUGAUUGGUGAUGGACUGCCGGCAUGCAGGGAUUCAAAGCUCUUCAUAAAGGAUCUGCAUUUUGAUGAGGUGCCAGUGAGGAUUUACCUCCCAAGACUACCAUCUGCAAGCAAACAGAGAGGAGUCAUCUUCUUCCAUGAAGGAUGUGGGAUGUUUGGAAGCAUCAGAAGUCAUGAAAGAAUAUGCUGGUACAUAGCCAAAAAAUCUGAUUCAGUGGUUGCAUCUGUUGGGUUAUCAUUUAUUCCUGAGCGUAAGUAUCCAGCCCAAACUUUGGACUGUCUCACUGCUACUGUACGCUUUCUGAAGACUGCAGAAAACUACGGGGUGGAUCCUGAUAGCAUUACUGUUUGUGGGGAUAGUGCAGGGGGCACUUUUACUGCUAGUGUUUGCCAAGAACUGGUAAAUAUAAGAGUUACCCCAAAGAUACAUGCCCAGGUACGGAUCUAUCCACUUUUCCAAGCAUUGAACUUUAAUCUGCCAUCUCACCAGAAAAAUGCUUUCAUUGCCUUCUUGUCCCAGGAAUGUACAGUCCGUUUUAUUCUGAAAUACUUGAAUAAGGAUUGCUCUAUGAAUGAAGCUAUUUUGGCAGGUUCUCAUGUUCCCAAGAGUAUGAAUUUGAAAUACAGGAAAUGGAUAAACCCAGAUCUUAUCACAAAGAUAUUUAAACUGGGCUAUAAACCACCAUUACCCACUUCAUUUUUCCCUCAAGUCCAUGGAAAAGAACUGUUUGAGACAAGACUUUCCCCACUGUUAGCAGAAGAUGCUGGGUUUUGCUGCCUACCUGAUACCUGUAUAAUUACCUGUGAGCAAGAUGUGCUCAGAGAUCAUGGAUUGUUGUACAAGAAACUCUUAAAGUGUGACUUGGCACCACAUGGAAGAGGCUUCCACUGUGCACUGGGAUUUUUUGGUUAUGGUAUUUUCUCUUUUCCAUCACCAAGUAAAAUGGUGAACCACGCUGUAGACUUUAUAAAAGGCUAUUAA